GUGUCGGUGCUGCUGGCUUUGGAGGAGGGGGAAUUGGUGCCAUUCUGCCUUGAGCGCAGUCGGAACGGUGAGAGAUGUGUCAGAGAAAUCAAUGAAGAGAAGAAGAGCUUCAGAGAGGCAAGCAGCGUGAUCUCAGUGUCUGACCCAGCAAUCUCUGCAGUUUUCCUUCUAGACACUGCAAAACGGACUGCAGUAUUUGGGGACUAUGGCUACAGACCCACUGUCAGAGCUUCAGGAUGACCUGAAUUUGGAUGAUACCAACCAGUCCCUCAACCAGCUCAAAUUGGCCUCCAUAGAUGAUAAGGACUGGCCAGCGGAUGAAGUCCCUGCUUUUCCCAAAUCAGAGGACUCCAAAGCCUCCCCUGAGCCUGUCACCCAUCUGCGGUGGGAUGAUCCCUACUAUGAUAUCGCCAGGCACCACAUCGUGGAAGUAGCAGACCAGGGUGCACUUGAUGGGGCCCAACCAGGUGAUGACAAGUAUGGAAGGAAAGUCAUUUUGUUCAGUGCCUGCCGGAUGCCCCCAAGUCAUCAGCUUGACCAUGUGAAGCUGCUGGGGUACCUGAAGUUCACGCUGGACCAGUAUGUGGAGAGCGAUUACACGCUGGUGUACCUGCACCACGGCCUGACCAGCGAGAACAAGCCCUCCCUGGGCUGGCUGCGCGACGCCUACCGGGAGUUCGACCGCAAGUACAAGAAGAACAUCAAAGCAUUAUAUAUUGUACACCCGACUAUGUUCAUCAAGACCCUGCUGAUUCUCUUCAAGCCCCUGAUCAGCUUUAAGUUUGGGCGAAAGAUUUUUUAUGUGAACUUCCUUAGUGAGCUGGAGGAGUACGUGAAGCUGGAGCAGUUGGGAAUCCCGAGCCAAGUGCUGAAAUAUGAUGAAUAUCUGAGGUCCCUGCAGAAGCCCUCCCAAGUGCCGCAGAAGCCAAUCCCCCCGCGCCCGCCGCUGCCAAACCAGCAGUUUGGAGUCUCGCUCCAGCACCUGCGGGAGAAGAGCCCCGAUCAGUCGUCCGUUCCUCUGGUGGUGAGGGAGACCAUUGCCCAUUUGCAGGAACAUGCUCUUGGAACAGAGGGGGUUUUCCGAAGAUCAGCAAACACACAGGUUGUCAGGGAUGUCCAGCAAAAAUACAACAUGGGUUUGCCAGUGGAUUUCCAGCAAUACGAAGGUGUCCACCUCCCUGCUGUGAUCCUCAAAACCUUCUUGAGGGAGCUACCUGAGCCCCUCCUCACUUUUGACCUCUAUAGCCAUGUUGUCAGCUUCCAAACUGUGGAGGAGGUGAAUCGUGUGGAUGUUGUUCGCAAGAUACUCCAGACUCUUCCAGAAGAAAACUACCAAGUGCUUCGUUUCUUGACAGCCUUCCUGGUACAGGUCUCUGCUAACAGUGACCAAAAUAAGAUGACAAACACCAACCUAGCGAUUGUUUUUGGCCCAAAUCUGCUGUGGGCCAAAGAUGCAGCCAUCACCCUCAAAGCCAUCUACCCCAUCAACAGCUUCACGAAGUUCUUGCUGGACCACCAGAAGGAGCUGUUUGAGGACGUGGAGGCCUGAGCCCAGGCUGGCCCACACCAGCACACUGUGCCCACCUCACCACCUUCUUUCCUGCCUUGCCCUGGGGCUGUGGCCAGGCUGUCCCCAGUGCACAGGGACCACUGGUUCGCCGGGUGAUGAGCAGAGCGAGGGCAGCGCGGCUGGGGCACUAGGUGUGUGUGUGAGCGAGCAGGAGCCCCUGCUCCAGCUGGGCAGGGGAGCUGGUCUCCCGCCUGUUGCGCGCGGGGCCCCAGCCCUCUGCCAGCCUGUGCAGCUUCUCCAGGGCUCAUCACCAGUCUGCUCCCACAUGAGCUGACCUUCCUUCCCUCCUUCCCUCCCUCCCUCCUUCCCUCCUUCCUCAGCUGUGUUUCUUCUGCCGUCCUGGUCCCCAAGCAAAGACCCAAUUUGUUUAGACUCCCCAGAGUCCCGGCACGUC